AUGAAGGUCAACAACCUCACCAUCCUCAGUCUACUCUCCUUAGUAUCUGGCAGUAUUGCAUACUCAAGCAGAUUCCGUGCCCAGGCCGACAAUGACCCCAUCCAGGAGCGUCAACGUGUGACCGCCUUCGUCAACACUGACGAAGGCCUCAAAGUUCAAUGCUGGGAACUUGGGGAUUUCCUCCCCUCCAACAACAAUGCGGGCGGCAUCAUGCGCGCAACGAGUCUCGCCGGCAACUUGGCAAUCACGCUUUAUAGCUUUGCGCCUUCGGUUACCUUAUUCUCGUUAGAUCAUCGUGAUGGACCACAAACCAAUGCUGUAGAUUUUAGGGCACAGCCGAAUCUUUUCACCGUAAAGGACGGUCUUAUCUUUGUCAACGCCAUUCCCAGUUCUACGGCCCGGAAGUCCGAGGGAGAGGAAGAGGAAGAGAUCUUUAUCUUCGCCGAUGUCAACGGCGACGAUUGGUUCUACUUUGAAGAUGAUACGACGAACGGGUCGGCGGAAACUUGCGCGAAGCCGCAGUCGGAAAAUGGGAAAGCGUCUGCAAGCACAUUUACCGCUAGGACAAUUAGUGGUUCUGACACAACGCUGAUCAACUUCGCGUACGACAGCACGCCAAAGCAUAAGGUCCUUCACGAUGGUCGAUGCAAUUUUGCUGGACUCACGCCAAUCUCUCAAUCUAGGCGCGAAGUUGAUGCUAGAAGAUUCCGUGUUCAGUCUUAGAAAGAGUAUCGGAAUGUUGUUCAUUCACGUGAUGGGAAGUCGUAGAAGGAAGGAUAUUGAGUAACGCGUACCGGGUGACAGUUGUAGUUAGGGUUGUGAUAUGAAUGGGCAAAUGGGGGGGUCAGGAUUAGGAAAAAAG